CUGUAUAUUAUUUGGAAAUAUAGUUUAAACUUGACUUAAACUUGUUUGUUUCUUCUGGAAAGUAGUGUAGAUUUUCCAUAUCAUAUAAUAUAACGAGUGAUUGCUCUGUUACAAGGAAAUUUUAAGCAUUUUAAGCAAAGUUAAAUCGGGAAUAUUCUAAUCUGGAUGCUUUUGGUCUCUUACAGAAAACAAGACAAAUUUAGCCAAUUAUGUAGCAAUAUAGGCUAAAAUAAUGCUCUCUUUCUUAUUUUAGGGACCUGUGGGAUUUAAGAAUAUUUUUCAUAAGAAAAUUUGCUGCUUCUACAGCCUUCCAUCUUAGCGCACAGUUGAUGAUUUCACUUGAAAUACCUGUCUGAAGAAGAGUAGGCACAGUGUAAUUGCUUUUUAAAAAUGUUAAAAGUUCAGCAGUGUGUAACAGCUGAUGGGAUACCCAAGAAAAAGCCAUAUAUUUGUGACAUUUGCUAUAAGCAGUUUGAAACUCCAUCAAAAUUAGCUAGGCAUUAUCUCAUACAUACUGGUCAAAAGCCAUUUGAAUGUCAUGUAUGCCAUAAAACGUUUAGGCAGCUAGUCCACCUGGAGAGGCAUCAGUUAACCCAUAAUCUGCCCUUUAAGUGUACUGUUUGUUACAGAAACUUCAGAAACUUAAUCACUUUCUUAAAGCAUCAGCAGCUUCAUAGUGAAAAUUACCAGAACGAUACCAAGCAAGCAGAAGCCUUUGUAAAUUCUGAGCAAGACAUGGUCACUUGUGGCAUAUUUCGGUGUUCUAUGUGCUGGAAGUGUUUUACAACUGAAGAGAGUUGGAUGCUGCAUCAGUGUCUGAAGGUAGAUUUUGUACAUGGUGCCAGAAGGAGAAAGAAAAGUCACGCUUGUGAAUCAUGUAACAAGACAUUUCCGUCAAGAUCUAAGCUAGAAAGACACUUCCUGAUUCACACUGGCCAGAAACCCUUUAAGUGUUCUUCAUGUGGCAAAUCUUUCAGACAGUCAACACACCUGAAAAUCCAUCAGCUCACACACACAGAAGAAAGACCUUUUCAGUGCUGCUUUUGUCAGAAAGGGUUUAAAAUCCAGAGUAAACUCAUAAAGCACAAACAGCUCCAUGCCAGAAAUAAGAUUUUUCCCAAUAUUGUAUACAAAGCAAAGACUCUUAAAUAUCCCAGAACAUGCAACCUGUUGGAAGAGAAGAGGGAUAAUUUUGAGAAUGCUGACACCUGUGAGUCACAGGAGAAUGACCCACAUGAAGCUCAGUUGAUCUAUAUUGUACCCUUUCAGUGCCCUGCAUGCGAGCAGUGUUUUGAAACAGAACAGGUCCUAAAUUUGCACAAAUGUUAUCUGAGAGAUGGCAAAAGUUCAAAUAAUGGUAUAAAGGCAUGCAGCCACUCAGUCAGCAUGGAAAAUAAGAUCCCGAAGAAGCUGAAGGGUACUGGAGGAAAGGCAACACAUUUUUCUCUGACUGACAGAAAAAAAAUAAAGUCGGGUCACUUUAAGAGUCGUGACCUGAUUGCAGCUAGAGAUCAGUGUUCUGAUCAGCAUGCUUCCACUAAACCUUUCAAGGAUUGCCAUGGUAAGCUUGACAUGCACAAAGCACUUGGUAAUCGGAUGAAAAGAACAUUUGCUGUGCCGUUACCUUGGCAAGAGCACCCACAACCUCACGACUUUGGAAUUAAUUUAAAAGGUAUGCUUACUGGUGAAAGCAUGUUAAACAUCAAUGAUUCACUGGAUAAUAAAGAGGAUGUUUUUUAUGGUUCAUCAGAUGAUGGUUUCUUUGAUAAUCCAGAAGUACUUCAGUGUGCUUUUUCAGCUUCUGCUAAAAAUAUACAUAACAGACACAAAGUGUGUAAAUGUGACAGAUGUGAAAAAAUCUUCCCAUCUUCAUCCAAACUUCAAAGACAUUAUCUUAUACACACGGGACAGAAGCCCUUUGGCUGUAAUGUUUGUGGGAAGACAUUUAGACAGUCAGCUCACUUAAAAAGACACCAGCUCACCCAUACUGAAAAGAGACCCUAUAAAACCCCUGUUUGCCAGGUAGAAUUUGAAGACCUGAACAAACUUUUCAAUCAUCAGGGAGAUCACAUUGAAUUUAAGUCUUCUCAGCCUGUGGGUUAUUCAGGUUAUUCUCAAACACGUUCACAGGCAUCUGGCUUUCAAGAAUUUGAGCUGAUUGAAUCAAACCAAGCAGCUGAAAUCAAAGUUGAAAUUGAGUCAGGGGACUUUGUUCUUGACAACAGCAGUAGAAACGUACAGCUGUAUUUGUGUAGUAAAUCGUUGGAAACUGUGCAAAGCAGUUAUGGCUAUUGGCACAAUUUUUCUGAAGGUACUGAAAAAAGUGAAGUUGUUAACAAACUGUAUCAAUGCAGUAUCUGUUUUAAAACUUUUAAAUCGCCUUCUAAACUUGAAAGACAUUAUCUAAUGCAUGCUGGACAGAAGCCGUUUGAAUGUUUAGUUUGUGGUAAAAAUUUCAGGCAGGCCCCACAUUUGAAAAGACAUCACCUUAUUCACUUUAAAGAGAGUUUAAAGCUGAGUUCCACUGAGCAGCAGCCAGAGAACAUACUGUUUUUAUCGAAACUGGAUAACGUCCUAUGAAACUGUAUGUUAAAAUUUUGGGUUGCAUAAUUAUUAAAAGGCUUAUGUUUGACUGAACAAUUGACUGAAAAGACUUAUCUUUUUCUAUUAUGGAGAUGACCUGUUGAAGAGUUAAUGUACUGUCUUCAGAACUGUCUACUUGAUAUAAUUUGUGAUAAAUGUGAGGAGAUGUUUAAAACAAAAAAGAAAAAAGGCAACAAAAAAGAAAAAAAGCAACAAAAAAGAAAAAAAGCAACAAAAAAGCCACUUUGCAUUUCUUUUCCUAAGUUAAUCUAUAAACACACAUUCUUACUGUAUUAAUAAUGUUGCAGUAAUCCUCCAGAAGUCAGGUAUUUUAAAAGUUAAACCUUUAUAUAUAUAUAGUUUUAUGACAUUAUGUUGUCCAAUGAUAACUGUCAGAAAAGUAAAGAUAAAAAGGUAAUGUCCAGAAUGCAGAAAAAAUGGUCCUUUUACUUUCUUCUGGCUCCUUGUAUGUUGCAAGCAAAGGGUACUUGCUGUGUGUAUUUCAUACUAAAAAGAAAAAAAAAAGAAUCUUAUGGUUAUAUUUAGAUAAAAGAUGCAAAGAAGAAUUAGGUAGAAAAAGGGGAAGAAGUUUAAUGAGAAAAAAUGUAGAUGUGGCAUUAUAGAACUGUUAA